UCUGUGCGCGCCGCCCGCGCCUGCCCCGCGCGCCGCCGACACCGGCCAACGCAACUUUUGGAAACGGAACGCGAACUUUUUUUCUAUCGAAUUUUUGAAGUUUUUCGAUGUUAGUGGGUGCGGCGGUGCAGUGCGGGACCCCGAGCCGCCAGUGAGUGCGUGACCGGUGUGCACGCGUGGACUCGCCGCUAAUCACCGCGGCGCGUAACCGUGUUUCAAAAAUAAAACGUUGCCGAUUCGAAACCGGAGCACCCCGAAGGUUAAUGACAAAAUAAAAAGCAUGCAUUAAAAUUGUGUGUCUGAAAUCUAGCGAUCGCAACCUGGAGCCGCGCGUUACGUGCACGCCACGUGAGUCGCGAUAUAUUCUGCCAUGACGGACGGUUGGUUAUCUUGUGAGACACGGUUCUUUUAAAUUUACGUAAACUGUGAUUACGUCGGCAGGUCUAGUUUCCUACACCGAUUAGCACACGGGUGCGGCGCGGCCGAGACGCGGGUGCUCCGGCGGAUCGACGACGUGUGAACUCAUAAAUUUGUACUAGAACAUCUGACCUGGUAAUCUAGUUUACGUUAAUUCGUAGAAGAUUAAUUUCCUAAGCGUUACGCAGCGCGGCGUCAUCGGCCGCUGGAUGAGCGGGGCGCGAUGCCGGCAUGGCGGCCGCGCGCGCGCACGCACUCGCCACACCAUGAAACGAAGAAAACAUGAGCCAAGCGCUGUCACUGCUCAAGUUCAUCAAGAUACCGAACAAGUUAGAGCGACGUGAGAGUGAGAGGACGCGCGCAGUGGCAUGACCCGGGACAAUCUCACUGCCAAACUAAACAGUGCCUUACGUUAUAAAUAGUGUAAUCUUGGUGCUUCGAAACAAUAAAUAAUGUUAGUGAACACAGACACACGGAUGAUCAGGUUAAACGUUUAAGAUGUUAGACGUGUUUCGUGGAUUGAAGAAUCUCAUUAAAGUGAACUAUGUCCACAUCGACUCGCCGGUAUUCCGUCUGCACUACUCCAUCACCGUCAUCCUGCUGAUCUCGUUCAGUUUGAUCGUGACCACGAGGCAGUACGUCGGCAACCCGAUCGACUGCAUCCACACCAAGGACAUCCCCGAAGACGUACUCAACACCUACUGCUGGAUACACUCCACCUAUACGCUGCGGAGCUUCUUCAACAAGAAGGUGGGCGUCGAGGUGCCCUACCCUGGCAUCGGCAACAGCCGCGAGAAAGGGAAGGAAGAUAUGAGCGACAGGAAGAUAUACAAGUACUACCAAUGGGUGUGUUUUUGCCUAUUUUUUCAGGCAAUGCUGUUCUAUGCGCCCCGUUGGUUAUGGAAAUCCUGGGAGGGAGGCAAGAUCCGUGCCUUGAUGAUGGACCUGGAUGUAGGGGUGUGCACGGAGAUAGAGAAGAAGACGAAGAAGAAGUUGAUCCUCGACUACCUGUGGGAGAACCUGCGGUACCACAACUGGUGGGCGUACCGGUACUACUUGUGCGAGGGACUUGCUCUUGUCAAUGUUAUAGGGCAAAUGUUCCUGAUGAACCGUUUCUUCGACGGGGAGUUCAUGUCCUUCGGGCUGGACGUCAUCAAUUACAUGGAGUCAGAUCAGGAGGAUCGCAUCGACCCCAUGAUCUACAUAUUUCCAAGGAUGGUGAAGUGCACACUGUUCAACAAGUUCGGCUCGUCAGGCGAGGUGGAGCGGCACGACGCGCUCUGCAUCCUGCCGCUGAACGUGGUCAACGAGAAGAUCUACGUCUUCCUGUGGUUCUGGUUCGUCAUCCUCGGUAUCCUCACGUUCAUCACCCUCGUGUACCGGUUCAUCAUCAUCUUCUCGCCGCGCAUGCGCGUAUACAUGAUGCGCAUGCGCUUCCGGCUGGUGCGGCGCGACAACGUGGACACGAUCGUGCGGCGCAGCAAGAUGGGCGACUGGUACCUCCUGUACAUCCUCGGGGAGAACAUCGACUCGGUCAUCUUCCGGGACAUCAUGCACGAGUUCGCGAACAAGUUGAACCACAACUACCAGCACCACAUCCACGGCGUGCCGGACGCGUGACCUCCGGUGCCGGGGUGGGUGUUCCACACGUGACUGACGUCGCUGCAGCGCGACAUGCUGCCGCCCGCCUGAGUGCGCGUGCGCCGCCUCGCCUGCAGUACCCCACGCAUGUUCUCUUCUGGACAAUACUAACGAGUGUAAAGACUACUUUUAUCGAUACUUUUUAAUCGAAAUCGUAACAGUGCAAUUCUAAACAUGCAAUAAUAGUUUGUACUUAAUCUUUAAGAACGUGAUCUCAGGACGAAUCCUAUCGAAGGCCUUGUAAUAGUUAACAUCGACGGCUACCCCGUUAGUGCUAGUAUACUUUUAGAACUAUUUUACUCAUAGUCUCGCUGCUCGUAGUCAACUGUUAAUCGACGCUUCCUUUGUUUUCUACUUUAGCUGUUGUAAUGUGCACACACACACACACACACGAUAUACAAUUUUACACGUUUCACUCGCCAAGGAUUUGACAGACCAAAAAAAUUAAAGCAAUAAUUAAUAAAGCAAUUAAGUAUUAUAGUGUAGUUGUAAUUGAGGAUAUUACUAGUAGGAGGAACAGUUGUUUAGGGGAGGAGUAAGUACCCGCGUAGUAAGGUCACCGCCAGUUUACAGUCACGUAGCUUUUGCGUGUCAAAAGACAUUUACGUUGUAUGCAGACUUCGAACGAACUAUUGAACAUAAUCAAUAAAUAAAUAAUAUAUUGAUUCCAGCUCCCGGUCGUAUCAUAUUAGUUAUUGAAUACGAUGUGAGAGCUACUUCAGUCGGAGAAUUUUGAGAAUUUCGCAGUGGGAUGUACAUCCCGUGCUCAUGAGUUGGCUGGGAGAAUCAGAACACAAGUGAUACAACCACAAACGACGGACCCCGCCACAUUUAGCGCUCAAAUGUAAAGUUACUAUGACGAGAAGCACACACUGCCAACACUAACAGAUCACAUAAAUGUUCACUAAGAUGUGUUUGAAAAUCAUUUUGUUGUAUCUCUAUUGAUUUUAUAAAACGGAGCGACUGAAUUCUUAUAAUUUAUUCGAUUAGAUGAUAUUAUUGAUAUUUUGGUUGAAGACGUCUAAACAAUAUUUUGAAUUAUAACAUUCUUGAGACGUUAUAAAACCUAUGUGUUGAUUAAAUGUCUUCAUUCAAAUGUUUUAGUAGUAAGCUUGCAGAUUGAAAGUAUAAAAGACAGGAAACUAAAACUUAACUUGUAGAAAUAAAAUGUUAAGGUAAUUUGUAGCUAAGUUAGGUGACAAUAAAGUCUAUAUUUACUGUUCACUUUGAACCUGCAAGCCUAUGACGCUAUUUAGAGAAAUUUAUUUGCCUAGAAGUAGGCUAAAAACUAAUAUUGUUACAAACAAUUGUUGUAUUCGUGAUGAUUAGAGGUGUGUCAGUGUUACUGGGCUGUUUGGUCUCCAAAAAGUAACAACGGACAUUAUUUGAAAAUACACCUUAAGAUUUAAAUAGUUGGUUCGAACUUUGACUGCAAGUGAGGUGCAAAAUUGCGAUUGUGAUGUGAUUUUUGGACAAUUCAUGUGAAGCUGCAUCGAGCAAAAAGUACAGUGAUCUUGCAGAGUUGUAGUUCAAGAACCGACUUAGUCUUCGAAUUGUUAAGGUUCAUAAUACAUUGUUGAAAGAUGGUUUCAUAUAAUUUUUGGAGACCACAUAGCCUUAGUUAACAAAACACGUAAAUAUUGUAAAUGUAAAGAGGUUGUCUGGUUGUAAAGAUGUAAAGUGUUAUAAUUUAAUUUUUAUUUGCUGAUGUGUUCGGAUACAGCCGUUAAAGGCUCCAGUUAUUAAUCAAAUACUAGUUACUUUCUAACGCCCGUAUUCGAAUGAUAAGAUAAAAAGUCUCGCAUCUUAUUAACUCUUUGUAUGAAUAAGAAAUAUGUAUUAUUAGAUACAAUUUUAUUAACUUAAUCCUCAAUGUAUUCGCAAUUUAACCAACACGUAAUUUUUAUACACGAUACAGUAACGUGUUUCGUACUGUGUUACGCAACAUGUAAUGCAACGAAUACGGGCGCAACAGCAACACGAUAUUGCAACACUUAGUGAACCAUGCCAAAUAUUGUGCCAAAACAUUAUUCCUAGAAGUGUUACAGACGAAGGUUACCAUGGGAGAUAUCGAAUAAAUAAUUAUGAAAAUCAG